CAGGGAUCCUAAGCAACUAGGUCCAUUUGUAUAUUCUCCAAUUGCGAAAGAGCUUGGCCUUGGCCAAUCUCUGAUUGAACGACUUGCAAAAACCAAGUACUAUGAUUUUAGUAGUACUUGUAAAUAUGGAGUGAAAUUAUUAAUAAACUACCGUACACACCCGGAAAUACUUAAAUUUCCAAAUGCUACAUUUUAUGAAGAUGAACUUCAACCCUCCGGUUAUGUAUUAGCAGUUGUAAGGCAACUUUUGAAGGAAAAGGUUAAACCAGAAGAUAUUGGUAUUAUUUCACCUUAUGUUAAACAACGCGAAAAGAUCAAUAAAUUAUUAAAACAUAAGGGUAUUAACGGGGUGGAAAUUGGAACUGUGGAAAAGUUUCAAG